CAAGCGGGCACCUCGGUGUUUACACGGGGCGGCCCCGCGCGCGCCGCAGCGGCCCGCAGACGGCGAGGGGGAGGGGUGGUGCGCGCGCCGGCGGGGCCGCGCUGGGAGAAAGACACUGGAAGGCGGCGGGGCGGGCCGCGGCGGAGCAGGAGGCUGCGAGGAGAGCCCGCGGGGGCCGGAGGGUGCGAUUCCUCCGCCCCCGCAAAACAAUGUGCAGCGUGCGGCAGGGCGCAACUUGCCGGAGGCGGCGGGGGCGCGCCGAGCCCGCCUGAGACCGCGCCGCUGACCUUCUCCCCCCGCCGUCCGUUGGGCCCGAGCGCCCAGCUCCUCGCUCCCCAGCUCGCGGGGGCCGGGCCGAGCUGCGGGGCGGGGCCGCCCCUCCGUCGCUGCUGCCUCCUCCCCCACCCCCAGCCGCGGAGGAUGCGGACGGCCCCCGGCGGCGUCUAGCGGCCCCGGGCCCAGGCACGAUGGUGCAGCAGCGGGGCGCGAGGGCCAAGCGGGACGGCGGGCCGCCGCCCCCGGGGCCCCGGCCGGCUGAGGAGGGGGCGCGCGAGCCCGGCUGGUGCAAGACGCCGAGCGGCCACAUUAAGAGACCGAUGAACGCAUUCAUGGUGUGGUCGCAGCACGAGCGGCGGAAGAUCAUGGACCAGUGGCCCGACAUGCACAACGCCGAGAUCUCCAAGCGCCUGGGCCGCCGCUGGCAGCUGCUGCAGGACUCGGAGAAGAUCCCGUUUGUGCGGGAGGCGGAGCGGCUGCGCCUCAAGCACAUGGCGGAUUACCCGGACUACAAGUACCGGCCGCGCAAAAAGAGCAAGGGGGCGCCCGCCAAGGCGCGGCCCCGCCCCCCCGGCGGUGGCGGUGGCGGCAGCCGGCUCAAGCCCGGGCCGCAGCUGCCUGGCCGCGGGGGCCGCCGAGCAGCGGGCGGGCCUUUGGGGGGCAGCGCGGCGGCGCCCGAGGACGACGACGAGGACGACGACGAGGAGCUGCUGGAAGUGCGCCUGGUCGAGACCCCCGGGAGGGAGCUGUGGAGGAUGGUCCCGGCGGGGCGGGCUGCCCGGGGAACAGCGGAGCGCGCCCAGGGGCCGUCGGGCGAGGGGGCGGCUGUCACCGCCGCCUCCCCCACUCCGUCGGAGGACGAGGAGCCGGAGGAAGAGGAGGAGGAGGCGGCGGCGGCGGAGGAAGGCGAAGAGGAGACGGUGGCGUCGGGGGAGGAGCCGCUGGGCUUUCUGUCCAGACUGCCCCCCGGCCCCGCCGGCCUGGACUGCAGCGCCCUGGACCGCGACCCGGACCUGCCGCCCCCCUCGGGCACGUCGCAUUUCGAGUUCCCGGACUACUGCACCCCCGAGGUUACCGAGAUGAUCGCGGGGGAUUGGCGCCCGUCUAGCAUCGCCGACCUGGUUUUCACCUACUGAGCCCACCGUCAGCGGGGCGCGCACGCCCCCAAACCAGCUGUUUACAUACAGGAAUCAGGUAUUGGGGCCCCUCGGAGGCCGAGGCUGGCACCCCAUCUCCCGCGCAGCCUCCCCCCCUCCUAGACGUGCCCAUCCCCCUCAAAUCCAGACAUGCCCCUCCCCCGCAGACACACCCCAAGGCAGCCCAACCCCCACUCUUCCCCUGACAUCCAAGCCCCGCCCCGUCUUGCCCCCUCCCGCACAGCCACCAGCAGCCAGCCCCCCUCCUUUACACCUCACGUCCACUCCUACAGACCUGCACCCCUCCCCCACCUCGCACACGCCCCUCCUCGUGGCCGGAGGACACGCCCCUGCCCUUGCUCCUGAAUCCCUCCGCCUUCGCCUAGCCCGCCUCCUCUCUUGUUUAGGGGGGCGCUGCGGCUGGGCGGCACUGCGCGCUCCUCCCAUGCCCCCCUCCUCCCCUUCCCCGAGCGCUGGGGCCCGCCCCCUUCUUGCGCAUGCUUAAUGCUUCUUGGGAGGAGGGGGCCGGUCCCAGUCGAACCGCACGCCUCUGUGGCCCGCUCCGGGAAAGAGUGGGGCGGGUGUUGAGCGAUCCUGAGAAAUAUUUUGAUCCGGGAGCCGCGGCUUCUUUUCAACCCGACGGGGCGUCGCUGCCUUAAUGGGAGGAGCGCUAGGAAGGGGGAGAAAGAGACUAGCUGGCCCGGAAGGGUUUGGUUUGGAGCUUGGAACUCUCCCUGGUGGCAUAGCCCCUUUUCCUUGCGGGGUUGUCCAGACGGACGUGCACCUCCUCCUCCUCCCCCCCCUUCACCCCCGCCUACACACACACCGCUAGACUGCCUCUACGGUCUACCUUGGUCCCAGAAACUUCCCUUUUCUUUCCCCCACCUGGGAACUGGGAAUAGGGUCUUCAUCUGGAACUGCACCACGAGAGGACUGCCCAAGAAAACUCCGAACCAAGGCAUUUAUCAGUCUAUAUGGGGACAGGGUUCUUGCUGCUCCCCACCCCCCUCCAAGUGCCCCAUCACGUCAAGGCACACUCCCAGCCUGGGCUCCUCCCUACGCCCACCACUCCUUUCUAUCACUCAAGUCCUGUGCCCACAGUGACAGUAUUCAGUGGGAGAAACUGAGGCACGUUGGUACAGGGUGGGGGUGUGGAGACUGAGGCAUGAUAGCAGUCGGCGUGGCAAGAAGAGCCCCACUUUUAAACAGCUGGUGAGACUAUGGACUGGGCCAGUGAGACUGAAGGGAGGGUCAGCGUAGUGGAGGUGUGCCGUUUGCACCUGUUUUUCCAUGUGAAAACUCGGGAUAGCGCUGCUGUCUGAGGAGGUUGUGUUCAGUUCCGGGGUGCCCUCGGGGACCCUGCCCCCUUACUCCCCAAGUGUCCGCUCAAGUCCCGCCCCUCCGGCCUCCCCACGCCCCCUUCUGCCCUCACUACCUGUAUCUCACCGGCGUGUGUUCAUCCUCCUGGAUGUGCACACACUCUCAUUCACACACACACAAAUCUCAGGAACAAACGGUCCCAGAGUCCUCCUGGACCCCUGCCCAGGGUCUCCGCAGGUCUCUGCCCCACGCGUUCCCGUCGCUGACAAAGCCACCAGCUGCCUCCUUUAAGCUUGGUGCUCCGGCUCUGGGCCUUUCUCGCGCUCUCUCUCUCUGUCUCUCUCUUUCUCUCUCUCUCUCUUUCUUUUCUUUCUUUCUUUUUUUUUUUUUUAAGAAAAACAACAACAAAAAAGACAAUGAAAAAACCCAGAAAACGUCAUGUGAGUGAAGAGAUGUCACUGUCUGUGGUCUUGGAGAACUAGUCUAGUAGCUGAGGGGAGGGGUCCCUCUGAUCUGGGGCACUGGCACCCACAGCAGGACUCCGCCAGUCUGAUGCCAGGACUGAAUAAAGUGUAUUUGCCCCGACCUUGCCCUGUGGUUCUACAUGUCUGUGCCUUUCCUCAACCCCUCCCCCAGACAGUUUGCCAGAGGGACAUCCUUGUGACUUAGCACCGUGCAGGAAGAGCAGGGGGGUCCUCUGGCUCCCUCUAGCUCAGGCCUCCCUGGUCUUCAGUAAGGAUGACAAACUCAUCCCUGCAGGGCCAGGCAUGUGACAUAAAUGAGAGAGUCUGGGUUGACACUGGCUUCGUGACCUCAAGGCGAGCAGCU